AUGGCGACGCCUGCAAUGGAAUCUGCCGAUUCUGUUUUCGACAGUUACAAUGGCGAAUCGCAGUUAAGUGAAGCCGAAACUGCUUUACUUAAGGAUGAACUAAGAAAAACUGAGGAAGAAAUUCAAACACUGAAGCAAGUCCUCUUGGCUCGCCAGAAGCAUGCGGCUGAAUUGAAGCGUAAACUUGGGCUCAAUCCACUUGUUGAGCUUGGAAACGACAUUAACAAAGGGCUUAAAGCAGUCACAGAUACAGAAGCAUUCCAAAAGACUACCGAAGUCGCGGCUGCCACGGCUGAUACUGUGAAGCACAAAUGGAAUGAUAUGCGCAAUUCAUCUCUUUUCAAGUCAUUCGAAUCUAAAUUGGGCACCGCCUAUAAUAGCGCAAAGAUGGCCGCAUCAACUUCAAUUGAUCACCUUUCGCAAGCAGCUCGUGGCGGAAGCAACGCUGCCACGCCAGCUGAGGAGAACAAGCCUAUAUCUUAA